GGGGGGCCUGGAGCCGCCCUUUUUUGGCCUUGCAGCCCAUCAAGCCAAAGCCUGCUGUCCUGCACGCGGUCCCACCGGGCAGAAACUCCUGGGACGUAGGAAGGUUCAGGGGAGGGGACAGAUGCCUGAGGGCAUUCUUUGAUUCCAUCCCAAGAGUUGUUUUGUCUUUGUUCUUUCCAUGUCGUGUGGUUUUUCUUUGCUUUUCCUUUUGCUAUUUAACAUCUUUUCUUUCUUUUAUGCUUAUUUCUCUGUUCCUUUGCAUUGCACUGGUUUGGUUGUUUGUUGGUUUUUUUUUCCUUCCCAGAAAUCAGUCACCAACAGAAGUUGUCCUGUUAGCCCACAUCCACCAAAAAUCCCUCAAAUACUCUAUUCUUACAGCCAAGACAGACCAUUUUUUGUUCAAUUGCAGUGCACUUACAGACCGUAUUUCUAGUCUUGUUCCUGCUGAGGUAGUGGUAAAGAAACUCCAGUCUGCCUGACAGCAAUACAUUGCUCAGAGUAAAGCUGCUUGAGCACACAAAAUGCUGUCAGGCGUCCGAGCUGAGCAACAGACUUCAUUCCUGAAUUGCACAGCUACCAGUAGAAGUGACCUCCACGCUGUUUGGCCUGUCCAAGGAGUUCACACAGCUCUGAGUACCCCCAUUUCUACGCAGAGUGGUAUCCCCCGUCGGCUAUCAGCUGCUACUGUAAGCUUUUUUUCUGCUGCUUGAAGCCAGAGGGGCCAUACCCAGCUGGCCCUUAGGGACCUCCUUUGACCCAGGCCUCCAACGGAAGUGUACCACUUACCCCAGAAUGGCUACUGUAGACCAGGGCUAUCACAGGCACAGUUUUCAAUUGCCCAGGGAGCGGAAAGGUCCAGUAAAUGAAGAUGGAACUGCUUACCCCUUUGUGAGGAAGAGGGCUCACACCGUACUAAACAAGAGCAGAAUUUGAAGCAGUGAUCCUUCCCUUGGGGCAGCCAGCCCUGAAAUGAGGUGAGGGAGGGGUGGAACCAGGCUGCCCCCCUUUGUCAUCCAGGUGAGUUGCUUCCCUCUUUUUGCUCCUGAGCAGAACAAGAUUUGAUGAGGAGGAAGGCCUGUGAAGUCCAAAAAGACUGCUUUCAUACUUCCUCCCCGUUUGUGUUAGCUGGCUGUCACGGAGUUAUCUAGAUCAGUGUAUGCCUGUGGCGGGACAGUGGGCCUGUUUUCCUGUGUUUGGCUUCCUUGCUUUGCGAUGAUGCUGUCUUGAGUUCAUGUGCUGGACUCUUGUAUUUCGUGUCUUUGUUUUGCUUUGCUCUGAUUUCCUUGUUGUUUGCCGUUCUUUUGUCAGUCUUGCUUUAUUGCUGCUCCUUUGUUGCAAUACCUUUGUUAUGUUCAGAUGUGGUGAUUGAUACUUUUCCCUUUCCCAUUCUUGGAACUCUUUUCUCCCUCCUUCAGGGUGUUCCUCUUUGUUUCUUGGCUUUUCAGGUGACUUUGCUUUGCCUUCCUUGGCUUUUUGGUCCUUCCUCUUUUGGUUCUUGUUCCUGGAUUUGCUUUCGUCUUCGGCUUUCCUUUUGUAUUUUUGCCUUGCAUUGCUUGUGAAUUUCCCUUCUUUUCCGUGCUAAGCACUGUGCGACGUUUAGGGGUGGGAAAAGGUACCGAGGUGCAUGGAUAUGGAGAAGAGAAGCUCUCCUGCUGUGGCUGAGAGGUGAUCCAAAGGAGGCCUCCCGAGCAAGCACCACAAAGGCAGCUUGCUUCUCCAGAGGCUGCAGCAUAAGCUCGUGUUCCUUGUGGAGGACUCCGUUGUGCAUCUGCAGGAGCUGCUUUGGCAUGGAGGAUUUUGUGGAGUUGCUGCCAGUCGUUGCUGGAAAAGAAGGGUGACUUGUGGGCUCUGAGGAGGGGAUUUUGUGUUUUCAUGGCAUACAAAUGCAUUCCCUUUUCUGAUGUGUUUUUGUGCAUUGGUGUUUCAGGCGUGUGAGUGAGGACUCUCCGCUGGAAUUUGUACCGAGAAGAGCCCAGGUGAGGAAUGGAGCAACGUGCCUUGGUGCUGUGUUUGACUGGGGGAGCGGGCAAGGAGGAAUGUUUGUAAAGGUGUAGUUGCUCUGGAUUUCACUGAGCGGGACGAGUCUGGGCUGAAGUUUUCUGUCAUUCUGUUUGUUGCAUCGGAACGGCUGCCUCGGUAGAUUGGAGGGAGGGAGGGAGGGAGAGGGAGAUUUUAAAGCUGGAAGCAGUCCAGAGCAGAUGGCAUUUCUGCCUGCUUUGAUGACGCUGUUCAAAGUCUUUGGGUCUGCAGUGCGGCUAUGCAAGGUCCUGAUUCAAAGGCAGGAUUCAAUCCAGUCGCAGCUCAUUGCGGGCAAAUGCUUCUCUUAAGUGGUCUUCUGAAUCAGCAGUGUCAGGGAUUUUACAGUGUGUGUGUUGCUGUGGCUGGCAGUCUUUGCAGUUAGGAACGUCUUCCUGUGUUUUUCUGUUCCGAAUAGGAUCCCAUCCUUGAGCUGCAUUAGAAGCAAAUUGUGAUAUCAUGUGCGGUAAGAAAGGGCAGAGGAGCAGGCUCCUCCGGGUGGUGAUCACGUCAGCAAGCUGUUGGAGCUGAAGGAGCAUUUGGACAAUGCUCUCGGAGCUCGGGUUUGCAUUUUGGUGGCCCUGUGUGGGGUGAGGAGUUGGACUUGGUGGCCUUUGUGGGUCCUGUCCAACUUUGGCUGUUCUCUGGUUCUGUGAGCAGCGGACAGGGCUGAUUUGGCGCAAGCUCCCGUUCCACGUUCAGCAUCGUAGGUGCUGUUAGGAGCUGAGGUGGGUGCCGUGGCAGGCGGCUCCUCAGUGGUGGUACUCCAGUGAUGGGGGUCAUCCUGCCGUGUUUCUGGGAUAGCAACAAGGUCACAACUUUCCAAGUGCAUCAGUGUUUCCAACUCCUUCUGCUUAUUUCCCAGGCCGUGUGCAUUGUCAUAAAGGCACUUCAGCUGGGCUUCCUGUCUCACGGCCUUUCUUUUCUGGAGGAUCUAGGAUUCCCUAGAACAUCCUCCUGCUCUUCUCAGCAGGAGGAUGUUCUAGGGAAUCCUGCUGUUCUAGGGAAUCUACUCAGCCACUUCCCCGGGCAUCCCAUUCCAGUGGCUGUCCACUCUUCCAGAGAAUCAGUUCUUCCUCAUAUCUCCCCUGAACCUCCCCUCGCACAACUUGAGUGACUGGAAAAGGAGAGACAUAAACCCCAUUUUUGAAAAGGCCAAAAGGAAGACCUGGGGAACUACAGGCCUGUCAGUUGAUUAUGAAGGAAGUCUUCAGGAAACUAUAGUAAAGCAAGCCGAAAACAGAGGUGAUUGGUGACAGCCCUUACUUCACUAAGGGCAAAUCAUGCGUGACCGAUUUGUUGUUCUUCUACGAUGGCAUUAUAGCAUUAGUGGGUAAGGCUGAAGCCUGAGCUUCUGCUGUCAUCUAUCUGGACUGACGUGGAUUUGACAGAUGGACAGUUGAGUGGUCCAUUAAUUGACUUAGCUGGACAGUUAGACUGAGUGGUUGCCGUCAACCAUUGUCGCUCAUUGUGAAGGCAGAGACCAGUGGUGACCCUCAGGAAUCCAUUGGUGGAGCUAUUCAAGAAAUAUUUAGCUGUGGUACUAAGGUACGUGGUUUAGUGGGCAAUAUUGGCAGUAGGUGGACCGUAGGAGUAGAAGAUCUGGAGAAGCGGAGGCUCAGGGGAGAUCUUCUCUCUCUCUAUAAAUCCCUGAGAGGAGGCUGUGGCAAAGUGGGGAUUGGCCUGUGCCCCCAGGUAACAGCGAUAGGAAAAGAGGGAAUCAGAAUCACCAAGGCAGGAGAGGAUCUCCAAGGUGAUCGAGUGCGACCGUCCACCUACCACCGCUUCCCCACUAAACCAUGUCCCUUAGUUCAGCAUUUAAACAUUUCUUGGACACCUCUGUGGAUGGUGACUCAACCACUUCCCCGGGCAGGCUGCUCCAGUGCCUGACCACUCUCUCUGAGGAUAAAUUAUUCUUAAUAUCCAUCCUGAACCUCCCCUGGCGCAACUUGAGGCCAUUCCAUCUCAUCCUAUUGAUAGUGAGAUGGGAGAAGAGGCCAACUCUCACCUGGUCACAACCUCCUUUCAGGGAGAUGUUGUGAGCUAUGAGCCCUCAAGUUGCGUAACCGUUGGGGUUAUGGCAACUGAUUGAAAAUGAUGGGAUGGAAAGUAAUGAGUUUCCUCAUAGGAGACACUCAUCUUGAGCUGUCAAUCUGAAGAAGUGCAAACAGAUGCGGACAAAGGAGAGUCAAUGCGGUGUAUUGAAAAAACAUGCAAGGACAUGACACAUAAGUUGCCAGGUUUGUGGGAAGGUCAUAUAGCGUACCUCCCCAUAUUUAUUUUUCAGACAUCAUCCUCCGUGCUAGUGAGGCUUUAUCUGCUUGGUUUUCAGGGCAAGUUUCACAUUCAGGGAUAUCCUGUGCAGUAGCGUCCUUGUUGCAGACCCUGUUUCUGUAUUGCGUCUCUUCCUCUGUGACACCCCAGGGGUGUCACGGGCCCGCUGAGCAAGAAGAAAUUCCUUGUUGAGGUUGUCAAGGCACUAUGAAAGUUUUCCCGGCAAAGCUGUGGAUGCCCCGUCCGUGGAGGUGUUCAAGGCCUGGUUGGGUGGCGUCCUGGGCUGCCUGGCCCAGUGGGUGGCAUCGCUGCACACAGUGGUGGGGUUGGACGUACCACUUGUUUAACGUCCCCUCCAAGCCAGGCCAUUCUAUGGUGCUGUGAUUCUACGAUGUAAGUGUGACAAACGUCAGCUGUGGUUUUCUGUAGGUGUCAGGGAAUGGUCCCCCACGGUGAUGGUGCCCAGAGCAAGGGACAGAGCUCUGCGCCUACCCUGGGAGGACUCUCACCCUCCUGAGCUGCCCAACAGGAUGUGUUCACUGGGGGAGGUGGCUGCACUGCAGCUUCGCUGCCACGGUUGCGCCCAAAUAGCCCCUUCUCUCCCCAGCAGAGGUGCCCCAAGCAGCGACCCCAGGCAGCCCUGGUGCAGCGCAUCACAAGACAAGGGGUACACGGGGAGCCUCCUACCCAGCAUCACGAGGCCGUGAAGUCGCAGUGCCCCACCUUGCUGUGCUGAGCCGUGAGGUCAUAACGCCCAUCUGUGACGUCUGUCCCGAGCUACAGGAUCACUGUGUGCCUGCCCCGACAGCAGCACUUGCUGUGGCUGCAGCAGCUGUGGUGGCAGCAUGGCACGAGUGUGGGGGUCCGUGGCCCCUGUCCGUCUCGUUGUUGUCCUCCUCCUUACCGCUGUGUGUUCCCUGGAGAGCUUUGCUGCUCCGUGGCGAGCACCGGGAGCAGAUGGCGCCUUUGGUGUUCCGUUUCUGGAUGGUUGCCUGGAUCCGGAUUUUGUGCCUCAGGGGAAACCCAGAGGCCCUCUUGGUCAAUCAACAGCGUGGAAUCGUGUCCCUGAGCCCGGUGUGGAUGCUGGAGGUGUGACUGGAGGUGUAGGUGAUCCAGCUUCCCCUCUGCGAUCCAGGAUGCGUGGGAGUCCGUCAUCUCGCAUGGAAGUGUGGCCAGGGAAGGCGUUGCCAAGUCCUCAGCUCUUUCCUGUGCUGGAGCCCCGCUGGAAUCCCAGGGGUCCGGAAAGAGGAAAGGAUACAUCUAGAAGAGGGAAAUACUCCCCGAGGUCAUCUCCUGGGCUAAAGGAACUCCUGAAGGAAAUGGAGAAGGCAGCGCGUGGAAGUGACCAACCAUCUGCACAGGACACGCUGCGGUUUGGCAGCCAUCCCACACUGCCAGUCUCGGCCAGAGGAGCACAGACAGCGCCGACAACUGGCAUGCCAGGGGUGGAUGCUGGGAAAAACACAAGGGCUGUGCUUCAGGAGUUUCUGCAGGUGCACUUCACCCUAGUGAUCGCAGUGCUUGUAACUGUGCUGCUGUCUGGGCUGGUGAUGACCUGUAUUGCUGUGUCGUGGAUGUGGCACAAAUAUCCAGUGUGCAAGAGGGCAGAGACAGCUCCAGGACAAGCUCAUCCUGAGAGUGACCGGGAGAGAGGCCAAUCUGGAGGUGAAGGCAGAGCGGAGCUGGGAGAGGCAACAGAAGAUGCCGUAGUUGCCCAAGAAAAGAAGAAUGUGUCCAGCGGAUCCAGCCCGUUCCCCUCCUCCUUUGAAGCGGAGUUUGAACAGCUGUGCAGCAAAAUCAGCACAGACCCUUCCCUUUGGCCCACGUGUACCAGCAGCUCUCCCACGGACGGCAUCUCUUCCCCAGAUGCUCGCGGUUCUCGGGGUUCCCCAUAGCCAUCUAGUGCUCCGGUUACCUGUGUCAGCAGGGCUGGGGUCCCCUGGAAGACCCCGCUUUGUGAGUAAUAAAGACACCCUGUGCAAAAGCA